AUGCGUGACUUGAGGUUUGCCAUCAGCGGUGCUCAUACCACACACAGCCCCAGCAGUGAAGAGAGUGGCGAGACUGUUCUUGUGUCUCCGGCGGGUGAAGAGAAUAACGAUAGCACUGCCCUUGCAGCUCGCAGUUUUGCUUUCCAAUUCCAGCAGCGAGCCGAGCAGAUCAAGAAGCUCAUCGAGGAUAUCAAUGCUUACGAAACUGAGCUUGAAGACGUUUCCAAGGCCGAGACUGCUGAGCACCGAAAGAAGGCCCAGAUCUUGGAAACCAAGCGCAUCAAACUCUCCAAGCUGAAGACUCUUGAAGUUACUGAGGCUCUCAAGUCUGCUGAAUCCAAGGGUUUGGCUGAAGAACUUGCCAACCGCGGGCGAAGUCAGGUCGUUACUUACACUUCCCGAUUCGUCAGUAAGCUCAGUGAAGUGACAGAUGAGAUGAACAUUUCUGGCUCCCUGUCCAUCAAGUACGGCGCCAUUGGCGGCUCCGGUAAGGGAUCAUUCAUCGACUCGGACAAGUUCAAGGAGAGCGACUUGAACUUCUUUAUCAGCGUCAAAGUCAUCAACCAGUCAAUCAAUAUCAAGGAUGCUCUAAUCUUCCAAGCACUGCCCUCUGUUGAUGAUACGAACUUUGUCGACGUCUUUGGAGACUGCUUCAUCUCUGGAUUCCUCGAAGGUGGCGAGUUUAAUGCUUUGGUCAGCAUGAAGGUACUCAACAAGGACAAGAAAACCGAAAUUGAGGCUGAAGCUAAGGUUGCCAUGACCAUUGGGCCGGUUGAGCUUGAGGCCGAAGCCAAGGUAAAGGUGGCCAAGAACAACAUCCAAGCGAACACUGAGACCACAAUCCAAGUUGGUUGUGGACGAGCCUUGGAGUAUCGAUACAUUGAUGCAGACUGCGGCGAGAUUCCCAGAUCUCGUGGCGAAAACCCCGCAGCGAACUUAGUGAGAUUCACCUUGACGUCCAACUACUCAUUCAAUUCUGACUUUUCAAGCGCGAUCCUUACCAAGUACGAAGCUCUACGAAGCUUCAUGGCACUCAAGCCAGAGAAGCUUUUGCCUAUCAUGUACGAGAAUGCUGCAAUCUAUACCAACGCCCUUCUGGAUGCAUACAUGGACUACAAGAACAUCUACCGAAACAUUUCCUCCGAUCUUUUCGACAUUGACGCCGGGACAAAGAAAUUCGACAAGCCAAUGGACUCAGGCACUCUUGCUGACAAUACCACCCUUACAAAGGUUGAUGACGAGUCAAAGUUCUCAGCCAGUUACAAAGGCAUGGAACUCGGCAGAAGAGCAUGCCGCUUCCAGAUGAUGAAGAUUGUCACUGAAGUGGAUCUUGUCACGUCAAAACCCAAGCUGGCAACCGACGAAACCCGUGGUGAACAGUUCCAGAGCCCAGUCUCAUUCAGAGAAAGACUUCCAAAGGUUGUUCUUGAACGAACCCCUCGUAAGCUUCAAUUGUUUGGCGACGAAGAACAAACAUACCACCCUCUGCUCGAAGGUGCAUCUGGUAGCAAGGAGGAGGCAGACAAAGUUGCCUCUCUCGUCGCGGACAAGAACGACAUCAGCGAGCACUUACGUCUAGCCCCUCCUAUCGGCUCAGAUGAAGGAACUCUGUUCUGUAAUCUUGACUUUGUCAAACCUACCUUUGCUUUACUGCAGAUUAUUGUCGAGAUCUCAGACCGUGGCGUGAUGAGUGGUAUGAGAACUCGAUACUCCAACGGUCUCGUGACCAAUCUUGGAGCUGUCGGGAGCGGAAAGCAAGUCACUUUGAACUUGCAUCCUGAGGACGGAGAGAAGGUCGUUGCUUGCUCAAUCGAAGUCGGCCGUCCCACUGAUGAGGCUAAUGCCAAGGAAAGAGUCACUGCUGUUCGUCUGUACACCAACCGUGGGCCUGAUCUCAUGGGUCAAGCCGACAACUGGCAGGCUUCUGUGGAAGGCAAAGGCCAACGUGGCAAUACCUCCUUUGAAGGGUUGACCUUGAAGCACUAUGACCCUUUGCUGGCGGGUGGCCAUGUCAAAGGUUUCUGGGGACGAAGUAUCAACACUUCAACCUCGGGUAAGCGAACUGGCCUGUACAGAUUGGGUCCGAUUUGGGGAGAUACUCAGGAUAAUUCCGUUGGCGCUGCGGGACUUGAGAGCGGAGAUGACAACGAGCAGGACAGACCAAAGACCGGAGGUGUAAGAGCACUCGAUAUUGGCUGGAAGACCGAGACCAACAUGACUCGCUCCACGACAGUGCGUUUUGAGAAGAGUUUGGCCUCGACACCAAAAGUUAUCUAUGGUCUUCGCCAAUUCGACAUCAUCUCUCCUCAUGGUCCCAACAUUGCUGUUGAAACUCUCAACCUUGGCAAAGAAGGGUUCGACCUCAAGCUACAAAGCUGGAACAGUCUCGUGUUCAACACAGAAGCCAACUGGCUGACGCUUCCCAACAACAGCAACAUCAACUUCCAGUACGGUGAACUGGACAGUUCAGAGCUACCCGGCCGGGCGCCUACCCAGAACGCCAGCUUCCGCGUCUACUUCGCCAAGCCGUACAAGACCGAGCCCAAGGUGCAGUGCUGGUUCACGUCCAUCGUGCAGCCCAAGGGAUGGCGGUCUCUCCGAUGCACCGUCUCCAAUGUCACACGGACUGCUUGCACCGUGAACAUGGAGACAUGGGCAGGACGGCAGUUCGACCGCGCAAAGGUCAUGUGGCUGGCGUGGGACUCUGAGUACGAUGGUAAGAAUGUUCGCUCUGGCACAAACUUUUUCAAGAAGGACACCCCAAUCCAGGAUUACCCCUGGUACAACGGCUCUUUUGCCAAGCAGCCUGUUGCAUUCGGGGCUAUUUGUCACAUUGACUUCCCUGAGCAGGGGACUAAUUUGCGAUGUUACACAAACGUUAUUGAGGCUACUAAGGAUAGACUCAAGUGGCAGGCUGGUACCUGGGCCGAUACCACGAUGGACACGACUGGUAUGGUAUGGAUCGGAAUGGACUAG